CGGCAGCAACGACCCCUGGCAGCCUGUCGGUUACACCUACAGUGAGUAUGUAGCUGCAGUCGGUAACAACAUACUCAGCGAAGUGUCUGAUGUCCCAGCCUUUAACAUCCACACUACCUUUUCAGCUGCGGCGCUGACAUUCGGGCUGAAAGGUCAAAAACGUUGUGACGGUGGUGCCAGAUGGAUCAUGGUGGUCAGGUUGAGAAGGAGGGCAGAGUGAUGUCCCAUGUUCAGGUGGGCGGGGUUGACUUCUGUGAUAACCUUCCCACACCUGAAGCUCUCACUGCCCAAACUCGCAAUCUCAACGAGACAAACACGCUCACGCAGACUCACAGUGUCCCUCCCUUACAAAAUGAAGACGGAGGAGGGUGUGGGCUCAUUCAAAAAGCCUCUCUUAGCAACAAUGGGAAGGACAUGGUGGAGGAGCAGGCAAAGGAAGAAUACGCAGGAAGAGGCAGCGAGGAGGAUGACGAAGAUGACAUUGAUGAGGUGAUGAAGGAAGAAGAAGAGGAGGAAGAAUCAGAGGAAUCAAGCUGUCUAAAUCGCUGCCAGUCUCCAGACACUCCGAUGACUGAUUCCUCCUAUUCAGAAACUGGCAGUCUGUUGGAGACUCCAUAUCCUUUCAGCCCUGGGACCAGUCCAGAGCCUACAUCCCCUGUCAUUCCUGUGGUCAGUCCAGAAACAGCAUAUCCCAUCGGUCAAGUGCAACACAGUGAUGUUAAUGUGGACUCUCAGAACUCAAACACUGAGUCAGUUGCCUGCACCUCAGGGCCAGUUACCCAGGGACCCAGACCCCAUUCUGCCACACUAACCAUAACCUCAGACACCAGGCCUACCAGCCCACCUGGGCCUACAUGUAUCUCUGAAGCUACAGACAGGAUAGCAAAAAAUACCAACUUCACUACAGAACAUCUGACCUCAUCCACAGGUCCUGUUUUCAACCAUGGGCUCACAUGCGCCAGUUCAUAUUCAGGACCUAUCACCUCAACUGCAGAGACAUUUACAGUUACUGCUUGCACCACAAGGCUCAACACUUUCUUUGCUUCCGAUGGUACAGAGUCCACCUCCUCCACAGGACCUAUAACCUCAAAUUGGGAACACAUUACCUCCACUCCAAUGCCCACUUGUGUCUCAGUCUCCACCUGCGCCACAGGGCCUAUUCCAAGCCCUGCUCUGCUGGAGUCUCUCGAGCAGUUGGCACAAAGAGGAGAUGACACUCACCUUCCACAGUACCUUCACCAGAUUGCUGAGGCCUUUGUCCUUCACAAAGACUACCAACGGGCGUUAUGGUGCAUCCAACUAGAAAGAGACUAUCACCAGAGAGUAUUGGACAACCUGAAUGCGCUACAACAACAGUGGGAGGGUCAGGGUAGAAAGACUUCCUCCGAUCUGGCAACCCCACAUCUGGACACUCUUAAACACAUCUGCCAGACACACAGUCGACCAAGAGCUAGAGAUGCUGUGUGUGCAUCUCUGAACCUUUUGAGGCCUUCAUUUGAAGAAGGUGGUGCACUGCCUCCACAUACCUCAGCCUGUCAGGUUGGCAGAGGGACAGAGCAGAGAGCAGGCGACUCCUCAUGUUCUCAGAGCAGCCAAACAGUCAUACCGUCCAUUAAUUUGGCUGAUGGGCUCAAUUCGCCUGAGAUCUCAGGAAAGGACAGGGGAGACCCAGACAGGGAUUUAGAAGGGAGGGGCUGUUUCCAUGGAGCUCAGCUGACUGACAGGCAGGGCAGCAACAGAGAGGGAGGAGAGGCAGAAGGAGGGGUAGGAUACACCAUUUCAGUCAUAGGAAAUGAACUGCACCCCUGUACAGCUGGAGAAAUGGAUCAGUCCAAGCCUGCAGAGCAGCAGGGAGGAGAUUUAGGUCUAGCACAGGAAAGGGAGGCAAAAAGGGAAGAAGAGGAGAGGGACGUGGAGGAGGCAGCCGAGGCUUUGGAGAUGGAAGAUGAGGGAGAGGAUGACGAGGAGGAGAAGCAGAAGGAAGUAGACUUUCCCUCUUGUCAGAAAGCUCUCCCAGUGGAGACUCUGGUCGGCGGGGCAGAGGUGGAGGUACAACAGCUGCACCAGGAAGCCCUAGCUGAAGAGAAGCUACAUGAGGACACCCAGAGCACUACGACCAAGGAGGCCAACCUUCCUCAAGAGGCUCAUAUGAAGCAGCAGGAGCAGUGUGAGGAGGAGGAAGAGGAAGAGGAGGAGUACGAUGUAGAGCAAGUGGACAUCAUCAGAGAAGCUGCCUCACUGGAUGACAUGGCUAAACUCAUCACUGUAGAGGAGAUGUGUCCUACCCCUGGACUGGUCUCAAUAUUGAAAAAGCGAAGUAUAUUUGUGGACAAUGUGAGUGUGUCUGCCAGCUCACAGACCCGACCUGCCAAAAGACGCGUCCACUUCAAAGUCCCUGAUGAAAGCUACGAGCAGGAAGUUGGCAGUGGGGACUCCUGCCUGCUUCUCUUCCUGCUUUGUCUGGUUACUGUAGUGAUCAGUGUAGGUGGCACCGCCCUUUACUGUGCUCUGGGUGAUGCCCACUCUUCAGUCUGUCAGGACUUCUCCAGAAAUGCAGACUUCUACAUUGGCCAGAUACAGCGCGGGAUAGCUCACGUCCAACAUUGGUUUACCCCCGGGUCAUAGCAGCAAACAGUUUGUCAACAUUGUGGCGCCACGGGCCUUAAUAUUCAUCACUGUAGGUUCCAGCAGUUCCUGCUUCUCCCUGGGACAAUGUUUUCUGAGGUAAUGGUGCCAGCCAGCUGCUGCAGUCCUUGGCGCUAUGUGGAGCAAGUAGCUAUUACGCUGCCUAAUUGGCUAAAUUAUUAUAUCAGAUAUGGUUGGCAUUUGUUAGCCUGCUCUACUGCAUUUUUAAUGUUCUUUGAAUACAAUCCCAGGGUUCAGUGACACUAAAAGUUGUAGGUCAGAUGUCCCUUUACAACACUAGUUUGAAAGGGAAAGCAGAGCGGAGAGAAACGGUGCAUAACUGGAGAAUGGAGACUGCGUAACAGAAGAGGAACAACUGACCUCUUUCAACCCUGUCCAGAUUAAAUAGGUUAUAAAUUCUCAAGCUAAGUCUAAAAAUUCUUAAGUGUCCUAUUGAAGUAGCUGACCGCUGUCUCCGCACACACAUUCACUGUCAGCCAGUGAUACUGAAGUCUCAAAAGUCACUGGUAGAUAAAUCAACCAUGACUGGAUAAAAACUUUCACUGACUCACACUGGACUCCCAAGACUCAACUCCCUCAGCUGCAACCGACAGAGACGUAAAAAAAAGAUAUAUAUAUAUAUAUUAGUGUGUGUAAUGUAUAGUUUGUUAACAGGAAGCAUAGAGAUGCUUUCUCCAUACGCACACACACACACACACACUGCACAAAUGGGACAUGCCCAUUUACUUUUUAACAGCGGCAAACACUAGUGUUGCUUUUACUGUUGACUUUUUUAAAUCACAAAUGAAAUUUUAAAAUGAACAAACCAUUCUGUGGUCUACUACUUGGAAUGAAAUCAUCAUGUCUUAAUCAACCUUUGAAUGAAUGUUUGGAGUUUAAUGUGAAACUUUGCUUUGUGUCCUCUGUGGGGCAUUUAUAUAUUGUCAGAAAAAAACUGAGUGUUAUUUUGGUAUUUAUCAACAUUGAGCUGCUUUAUGUAGCAUAUGCAACAUGUACAGGAACACCACGCACCUCUGUACAUACUGUCAGAAGAAUGUUUAACAUGUUGCACACAAGACUGGUACGAUUUUGUUUUUAGGAUAUUGCAAUAUUUUUUUGCGCAUUGUUGUUUUAGACUACAUGUAGGCUUUAUAUGGUUUGAUCAGAAACAAACAAACAAAAACAUGUCCACAAACUGUUUUCAGGUUUUCAAUGUGAAAAGUACAUGCAAGUGAACAUUAGUUAUGAACAGAAAAUACUAGCUUCUGGCUAGGUAUGGAAUAAUUUCAGUCAAAAAACCCUCAGAAAUGAGAAUUUUACUAUUAAUGUUGAAAAGAAUAAUUAUUCAGAGUACUUUAACAGUACAGGCCUUGAUGUUGAUGGGAUCAUCUGUGUCAGUCCAGCUCUGCCUGCCUGUGUGUUUGCUCUUAGGGAUUCUUGGCAUCGUCUUAAGUGUUGGUUUUCUCUGUAAACUAACUUUUUGCCACCACUUGGUCUUCUUAAAGAGUUAUCUAAUUUACUUCUGCCAUUUUGUGUGUCGAUUGUGUUUACAUCUACUUAAAGUUUAGUGCUGGUUUGAUAAGAUGUUUCACUGGGUGGAGUACUAAUUUUCCUUAGUCAGGGAAAAUACUCACACUUGAAACCAACAAUUAUUCUGACACCAGUGCUUUAACUCUUUAUUUCUAAUCAUUUUAAAGAAAUUUUUAAACUCAAAUUGUCUUAUUGGAGUCAUUUUAUUGCUUGAUCUCACUGUUUGCUUAGUCAGGGCUCUAUACUUUUUAGGUUUUAUUUCAACAUAUUGCAAUGUUUGGUGUUGUUUUUUCCUUUCAUUUGGUGUAAUAGUGAAAGCUAUAAAAAAUGCCCCAGAAAAACCACAUAUCUCACGAAGGUCUUACUUGUCAGGAUGGAAAAAAACUAUCAAAGAGAAGUGUCUUACCUAUGCAUUUAUAACAGUUUAAGAUAAAACCAUAUUAUCUUUCUCUUGUGGUGUGUCACUCACAAAAAAAAUGAAAAUUAGUUUGAGAUAUGAGGUUUUCCUGGGAUGUAAGAGAUGCUAGAUUGAUUCUUUUGCACAUGUCGUCUGGCCGGUUCAGAUGACUAUCAAUCGGAAAACAAUUUGUUUAAUCUUCUAGAUGAUUUUAAUUAUUUAUAAUACAAUAUAUAUGUAAAGAGUAGGAGGUUAAUGGGGAAAAAAAAAGAUGCUUCUUUUAUUCUCUUUGCUUUAUUGUCAUUGUACAUCAUUAUAUCGCCAUUGUUCUUGAGGAGGAUUUGAAUUUCUUAUUUUUAACCUAACUCUUCUAAAAACCGUCAUCUGGGUCAUCAUUAUAUGUUGUUCAUGUUCAUUCAUUUUCCCUUAUCAGUUACUGAAGAUGAUUUGAAACUGCUGAGUUUGUGCUACUGCUGUCAUUAUCAUCCUCUUCGCACACACAGAUUGUUAAAAGGUAAAUUUGAUCAGAUAUGUUUUCAUUUGUUUUACCAGAACAUGAAUGAAUGAAAAGUCAUGAUUGUCAGUUACAACUGUGUACCACUGUUAUAAAGCUGAUGAAAGGCAUUUUAUGAAUUCUUUGAUGAACUCUUUCACUUUGUUCUUACAGAUUGUAAUAAGAAGAUGAGGUUUUUAUUUUUUGUUGUUAUUAAAACACAUCUUCCCUG